CUUCCCCAAUCCCAUCCAACCUUCCUCCUCCUCCUAGCUGCACGAAUACAAUCAUGUGAGGCCCUACUCCAAAAUCUGGAAUUCGAGUUUAGGAAAUCCCGCUUCCCUAGCAGCUCUCGAGCGUCACAUUCUCCGGAUCACGUCGCACGUGCUCUCAGAGCGUUCUUGUGGCACAAACCCCCGGAACUUUCGCUUCGCGCUCCCCCGGAGAAAUGUCGCCCUCCAGCCCCUUCGAUAACGACGCGCUUCCGCGCACCGCGGCGAACUACGCGCCGCUGACGCCGCUGACGUUCAUCCGCCGUGCCGCAGACGUGCACGGCGACCGCUGCGCGCUCGUGUACCGCGGCCAGUCAUGGACGUGGCGGCAGACCCUCCGCCGCUGCCGGCGACUCGCUUCCGCGCUGCGACGCCGCGGAAUCGGGAAGAACGACACGGUGUCAGUGCUGGCGCCCAACAUUCCAGCAGUCUAUGAAGUCCACUUCGGCGUCCCCAUGGCGGGCGCCGUGCUCAACGCCAUCAACACGCGCCUGGACGCGCGCACCGUGGCGCACAUCCUGACACAUGGCGGUGCGCGAUUGGUCAUGGCGGACCGCAGCCUAUCCCCUCUGCUGAGAGAUGCGCUGCUGCUGGUGCCGGGGUUGCUGCGGGAGAGCAGGGCGAGGGGGGAGGGCAGCCGCAUGACGGAGUUGCCCCAGGUUGUCAUCAUUGAAGAUGCUGAGAUGGAGGCAUCCGAUCAGAGCGAUCCAGGUGGCAGUGCUGCUGACGUGGCAGCCCUGGGAGCAUCAAUAGGCACCUCGUUCUUGACUGGUUCACCCAGGUCCCCUGGGGGCACAGGCGGCGGGAGACGAGGGGGAGGGGGAGUGGUGACGUAUGAGGAGCUGCUGCUGGAGGGGGAUGAGCGGUACGAGUGGGAGGGGGAGGGGGGAGGGGAGGGAGGGCAGGGUGGGAGGGGAGGCGUGCCGUCGGACGAGUGGGACUCCAUGGCGCUCAACUACACCUCUGGCACCACGGCCAAACCCAAGGGCGUGGUGUGCACGCACAGGGGUGCGUACCUGUCAGCGCUGGCCAAUGUGCUCGCGUGGGGCCUGCACGCGCUGCCGGGUGGGCAGCGCCCCGUGUACCUGUGGACGCUCCCCCUCUUCCACUGCAACGGCUGGACCUUCCCCUGGGUGCUGGCCGCUGUUGCCGGCACCAACGUGUGCUGCAGGGAGGUGACUUCAGCCAGCAUCUUGUCGCUCAUCCCACGCCACAACGUCACACACAUGUGCGCCGCGCCAGUCGUCCUCAACUUCCUCAUCCACGCGCCCGACUCCAUCCGCCUGCCCUUCCUGCAAGCCCAACGCACCCAAGCACUCAGCAGCACCAGUGGCAGCACUGGUGGCAGCAGUGGGGGUGACAGUAACGAAGGCAGCAGCAGCCGGGUGGAGGGGCGGCGGGUGAGUGUGAUGACAGCGGGGGCGGCGCCGCCCCCGGCAGUGCUGGGCGCGAUAGAGGCGAUGGGGUUUGAGGUGCUGCACACGUACGGGCUCACGGAGACGUACGGGCCGUCCGUGGUGUGCGAGUGGCAGCACGAGCGGUGGCGGGACGUGGAUGAUGGGGAAAGGGCGCGGCUCAAGGCGAGGCAGGGCGUGCGGUAUGUGGCGCUGGAAGGCCUGGCUGUAAUGGACCCAGUCACAAUGCGCCACGUGGCAGCGGACGGGCGCAGCGUGGGCGAGGUGAUGAUGCGCGGCAACAUGGUGAUGAAGGGGUAUGCAGGCAACCUCGGCGCCACUGACGCCGCCUUCCAAGGCGGGUGGUUCCACUCUGGCGACCUUGCUGUGAUGCACCCCGAUGGGUACAUCGAGAUCAAGGAUCGGUCCAAGGACAUCAUCAUAAGCGGCGGCGAGAACGUGAGCAGCAUAGCGGUGGAGGCGGUGCUGUACCGCCACCCGGCAGUGCUGGAGGCAGCAGUCGUGGCCCGCCCUGACACCACCUGGGGGGAGUCCGUGUGUGCCUUUGUGUGCCGCAAGCCGGGAGAGAAGCAUGCGCGCGUGGGCGAGGGGGAUAUCAUUGCUUUUUGCCGGGACCACCUGCCGCAUUACAUGGCACCGAGAACCGUUGUUUUUUCGGAGCUGCCCAAAACAGCGACAGGCAAGAUUCAGAAGUUUGUUUUGAGGGAGAGGGCUAAGGAAAUGGGUAGUCUUGGAGGUGGUGCCAGGCCAAAGUCUCGCAUGUGAGUAGUGCAUGCAUGGCUGUUGUGUAGUGAUGCUUGCUGCUGUGCUUGCAAGCAGGGCCCAACAUAGAUUUUGGGCCACCCUUUGAAAGCAGGGUCGCUCUGUUCGAAGUUAUCAAACAACUUAAGGGCAUAUUCCUACGCUAUGGUGUUCAGUACCAGAAUGGGGAAUCCCGUGCUUGAACAGCGUGCUGUAUUAGCCGAUUUAGAGGACGGUGUUCAGUACCGUACCAGGAAAGCGAGGUUC